AUGCACCGUCAACCUCCCGUCCGAUGCCAAGGAUACUGGCAACAAAGCGUGCGCAGUCCUAAAAUUCUUCAGAUGUCUAAGGAGGAUGAAGACGUGCGUACCCCACUUAACAAUAACCCCCUAAAGCAGAGGUUCGAGUUGGUAACACCCUUACUCAACUUAGCGACCAGAGACAUACCACCCGCUACCAUCCAGCCUGUAAUAGAACCAGCACCUGCAGCAACACCUCAAUAUUGGAACGUUAAUCCAGCUUUGGACAAGGAGAAUCAGGCCGAGGCACUCGUCCCAAUUAACAUUCCAACUUUUACCGUAGAGAAGAGACCCGAGCUCCUCGCCAAGGUUCUUAUCAAAGCUGCAAUUGGCUUCCAGAACCAACAGCGAAUGGCAACAGCUCUCAGCAUUUUCAAGCGGGCGUACCACGUGCUUCCCAAAAUGAGCUCCAAAUUGGUUGAACGGUUAAUGCAACUCGAGCGUGAGCACCCGGCUGCAGCUGACCAAGUUCCUUCUCAAGAGAUGUCCACUGCUGCAUACAUGAUAAAAGUUCUCGAGCACGACUUGUUGACCGUUUUGAACCACGGCACCAUCAGGGAACUCACAGAGCUACAUGCGAUCGGAGCCAAGCGAGCUGAAUCAGUACUGGAAAAACGACCAUAUCAUCAACUCCAAGAACUGCGACGGGUGCCCAGCAUCUCCGUCAACGUCAUCGCAGGACUGUACCAGCACCAUACAAGCUGGGAAAACCAUCUCUGCCAUCUCUCUUUCUCCUUCUCAUUCGUCAAAAUCCCCAAUAGCCUCCAGGAGCAGGAGGAGGCUCGGCGUCUGCGCGCCUUGUUGCAGCAACAACAGCAAGAAGACGAAGAAUCUCGACAUCUGCGUGUUGGAUUGCGUCAACAUGGUGCUUCUCGUUGGGAAGACGUGUGCACGGACGCCAGCUUCGUAGAGCGCAGUCGUCGCCGCAAACCCGGCGCAAUGAAAGCUCAGGAGCGAUAUUUACGACGCGAUAUCCACUGCGGCAUAGCUUCAUGCUCUACAUGUCGUCAGGCGCGCGCAUUACUACCGGCACAUGCGCUGCCGAGGGUUCAAGACGGCGACGAGUACGUUGUGCCCGAUGCCUUUAGUCUACUUCAAUGCAUGGAACUUCUAGAGGAGGAGACGCUCUUUUGUCGCGCAGCACCACGUCUUCUGGUGCUAGAAAGCGUACUUCAGUCAGCUCUGAGACUGGCACCAAGCCGCGACGCCUCUAGACUCAGGAAAUUCUUCCGAGGCGAAGACCAACGCACAGGAGGAGGCGUCAGCGUCUAUUUGUUCCCAGAUCAACACCAUAUCGAGACUUUCGUUGAACCAAUAGCUUUGGAUGAACUGCAAUCAGUACGAGACGACCGAGCAGUACUGAAAACUGUGGAAUGGUAUGCUGCACAGAGCCAUUUACCUCGUCAAGCCAAGGUUGUGUUCAUGACGAGAGAUGUCGAUACCUCGCGACUUCCAGACGAAUGUGGAAACGUUGUCGGCUCCCAAUCAGAAUUUCUGCCACAUUUGAAGCCGGUACAGCUAGAAGAAGCGCUAGCACACUCAUCUUCUCGGAUUUUAGCCGGCAAACUCGAAGUGAGCACUCACAACCCGAUGGAGGCCUAUGUGCUGAUCGAAGCGCCCCAUGCAGUCGAGAAGGUGUUUGUCUUUGGACGAGCAGCGAUGAAUCGUGGCGUCCAUGGAGACCGCGUGGCUGUGGAGAUCCUCCCCAAGGCACAUUGGCGUGCACCACAGAGCGAUCGACUACUGGUACACUACACACAAGACGAAGAACGUGAGCGCGAGUCCGACAGUGUAGAGGAAGCGGGCGAGCAAGAGUGUGGGGCGAUUCCAACGGGACAGAUUGUGGGGAUUCUCAGUCGCUCGCCGAGGUAUCACGUGGCUACAGUCAUCGCUUCUACUGUCAGCACAGGAGACGACUAUGCGCUUGCAGUCCCAAUGGACCAACGUCUGCCCAAGGUCCGCAUUCGCUCGCAACGACUGGAUGCGCUACUGGAUAAACGGCUCAAAGUGGUGAUUGACAGCUGGGCUGCGGAUAGUUCGUAUCCGAAUGGACAUUACGUUGGGAUUCUUGGCACUCCUGGCAGUUUACAGACGGAGUUGAGCGCGUUACUUGUGGAUAACGAAGUGGAGGAGGCGCCAUUCAGUGAAGCAGCACUCGCUUGUCUCCCGUCCAGUGAAGAGUGUCCCAUUGACAUCGAAGGUGGCUGUGUGGCGGAGUGUUCGACCGCGAAAAGACCAGCUCGUUGUGGGUUAUUGAACUGGGAAGUCCCCGAGGAGGAGACUCCACGACGUCGGGAUCUACGUACAACCCACCGGGUCUUCAGUGUUGAUCCUCAUGGAUGUCAAGAUAUCGACGAUGCCAUGUCCAUCUGUCGCUUACCCAAUGGCAACGUGGAGCUGGGCGUGCAUAUCGCUGACGUCUCAUACUUCGUAGAGCACGGCUCCGCAUUGGAUCUCGAAGGUAGACGUCGUGGAACGACGGUGUACUUGGUGGGACAGCGACUUGAUAUGCUGCCGUCCGUACUUAGUGCUGACUUGUGUUCUCUUCAUGAGAAUCGAGAUCGCUUUGCGGUCAGUGUCAUGUGGGAAUUAAAUGGAGAGACGUACGAUGUCGUGGAUAACUCGACGUGGUUUGGUCGGACGAUUAUUCGUAAUUGCUCGUCGAUGACGUACGAGCAAGCUCAUCGCUUGUUACAGGAUGUUAAUGCCGAUGUUGACGAUGUACCAAGACGUGGAUCAACAAGGUCUCAACCUCAUAAGGACGAGCAUGUUGAGGGUGUUGCUGGUGGACGUAUUCCUCUACAACUCCAACAAGAAAUUCGCGAAGACCUGCGCAUGAUUACCGAUGUGGGUCGUCGACUUAGUCGUACACGAGGCUCUCAAGGUGGCUUGGAUCUCUCGAAACAAGAGGAAGUACGUUUUUCUUUGAAUGUCUCGGAGUUGGGGCAAGAAGAUGUGGAGAUUACAGUGAAAGAGAGUCUGGAGAUUCACGGUACUAUCGCUGAGCUAAUGAUCUUUGCGAACUCGACUGUGGCUCGCAGACUCGUGGAGUGUUAUCCAACCCACGCGUUGUUACGUCGCCAUCCACCGCCGUCCGGAGACCGCUUCACACAGCUCGUUCAAUUGGCCAAAGCACGCGACGUUGUCAUUGACGCUACCAACAACUUCACACUGCAGCAAUCUCUCGCAGCUGCUGAACGUUCAGGACGUAUGGAUAUCAAGACAAUGUCGCUUUUGAAAUCUCUUGCAGUGCGUGUAAUGACGGAGGCUGAGUAUGUGAGCUCGGGUGCAGUGGCAGCAGGCGACGCAGCAUCUGCGAAUGGCGACGUCACUCGGUUUGCGCACUACGGUCUGGGUCUGCAAUACUACACGCACUUCACGUCUCCGAUUCGUCGUUAUGCCGACGUGAUAGUGCAUCGUCAGCUCUUAGCGUCGAUUGCAGCUCCAAAGACUCCCUUAAAGUCGACAUCCCAACGAUAUACAAGCAUUGCUGCACCGUUGGUGCUGCCAAAGACACUGACACCCUCAGUAUUGGACGCUGAAGACGAUGAAGACUUCCUAGAUGACCUCAUCUCGUCUGUAGACAGCCAGCUACAAGUGGCCACCGCUCCAGCUCAAGACGUGGCAGUAAACGAGGCAAUUAUGGACAGAAGUACCCUCUUCCCAGCUGAAGAACUGGUGCCAUUGGCUCGCCAUCUCAACAAGAAGAACCGUCAAGCUAAACUUGCAGCUCAUGCUUGCGACGCGCUGUUCUUGGCCUUGUACUUCAGUAGCCACACCGUGAAAGUCCCGGCAAUUAUCACAGCACUUAAGCAGAAUGGCUUCAUCGUGUAUGUGCCCAAGUAUGAUCUCCGCGCGCCAGUAUAUCUUCGUGACAAGAGUGGUGUCGUGCAGAUGGACCCGCUGCUACUAGGUGUCCGUAUCAUCGACACUGAUCCAGCUACUGGCGCCUUCGCUGGUGCUGAAUGCAUUCGUUGCAUCCCUCAAGCGCAACUUAUCUGGGAUGAUACUGAUCGUGAGACUCUCCAAGUUGUUGCUCCAGGCGAUACCCCUCGUCGAAUCUCUACGAACUUCUGUUGA